AUGCCCCUCUUUCACUCAUCCUCCCACUCCAGCUCCGACCGGAGCAGUAUUGACGACCCCAACACCACAUCCUCUCACUCUCACCGUCGCUCCCGCCACUCCUCCGGCUCCCACUCCCACUACUCAUCGUCAUCCACUUCUCCUUCCUCCUCCCGCCACCACAACCACUCCCUUUUCGGCCAUAGCCGAAAAAAUGAAGACCCAUCCAUUCUUGCCGCCAAAGAACAGGUUUCUCGCGCAGAAGCGGCUGAGCGGGAGGCGGAUAGGGCACUGAUGGCUUCGAAACGGGCAGUGCGUGAGGCCAGAGAACAUGUGAGAAGAUUGGACGAGGAAGCGAAGAUGGAAGCACGCGCUGCGAAAAUGAAGCAGGAUCAGGUGAAGUCGAUUACGAAGAGGGCGAAGCCGUUGGGAAGACAUGUGUGA